AUGCGUGCGCGUAUGUGGGAUGUUUCUAAUUUCCUUUUUUUUUUUUUGACGGUUUUCCUUUAUGUUUUGUUGAGUAUAUCUGCCUUUUUUAUGUUCCGUGGUAUUUUGGGCGGGGCAGGCCGACAGUGGCGUUCCGAGCGUAGGCUCGCGACCGUAAUGAACGCCACGAGUAGGAAUCCCGCGCAGAAGUCGACGUACCGCAUCAGUAGAACAAAUCUGGCAAAACAGAGCGCUGUGCGAAUGAAAGAGGACGCAAAGCGAAGGCAGAAGAGUGCCGUGGCGCAAAGUGUCAGCCGCGGUGAUCUUUCUCAUGCCGAUGCGGAGUUUUUGCGCCAUCAGCAGGAUGAGGCGCUUGCAGAGCAUGACGCUCGUGUGAGAGCCUUUACGAAGGAUACAGGCAGUGCGCAUCAUCAUCGUCAUGCUCCAAAUCCCCCGCGGCAUUUGGAGUACGACAGUGUGGAUGCGAAUAGUGGUCAUAGUAUCAUUCAACAGCGCUUUGAUGCGUUGGUGCACGACGCGGUGCUAAAGUAUGGACCUCCGCUUCCUGCUGAAUUCGUCUCAGAAAAUGACAUUGUGUCGCCAUUUGGCUCUAGGGGAGAUUUUAACGCAUCCUCGCCUUUUCAGGAAGAGAAUCCUAAUGCUCACUACUUUUAUGAUGAGGUGCAAAUUAGACCUCAGGAGCUGUUUGGUAUCAUUCGAAAGUUGGACCCUUCGUUCAGUGUACGUACACACGCCGACGGUGUCCCUUUCUCGUUGCUCAUCAAGAACUGUUUGUAUUUUAGGGUGUGGGGAGGGAAGGUGCACUUUAUGCGCUGCCUUAAGCGUGUGCCGUUGCGCACGGGUGAAGCGGGGGAAGAUGAUGAAGAGAUGCGUGGAGAAGUAACGACUACACUCUCAAAGUACAAGAUGAGGGAGUCCCCGUCGUUCGAUGGCCUUCGUCAAGGUCCCCAGCCUUGGCUGUAUAAUUAUCGCAUGAUGUGA